CCGGUGUGUCACAUUUACACUUGUCCGUCACCACCGGCAACAACCCCACAUGCGAGCGAUACUGCUGCAGCGGCGCGAUGUCCUCCGCGCUAAGAGACCGAACCGGCGAGGUUCUGUUACCGGGAGACGAGUUCUCCUUCGACACCGACGGCAGCAUUUCUCUAUCGGGCCCCGUGAAGGCGGAGAAGCUGGUGUGUGGACCGGGUCUGCGGCGCAGCGGGGACCGGCUGCUGGUGUGUAAGAGCGGCGUCCUGCGCCACAAGCCGCCCAACGUGUUCUGGAUGGAUUCCCAGCAGAGGAGGUACGUCCCAGCUAAGGGUGAAACCAUCAUCGGCAUCGUGACAGUGAAGUCAGGAGACGUCUUCAAGGUGGACUUUGGAGGAAGUGAGCAGGCGUCUCUGUCUUACCUGGCUUUUGAGGGAGCAACGAAGAGGAACCGACCCAACGUGCAGGUGGGCGACCUGGUGUUCUCUCAGUUUCUCUUAGCCAAUCAAGACAUGGAGCCUGAGCUGGUGUGUGUGGACAGCUCAGGACGAGCCAAUGGGAUGGGAGUAUUUGGAGCAGGAGGUCUGCUCUUCACGGUUUCUCUGGGACUUGUCAGAAGACUGCUGACCCCCCACAGCGAGAUCCUGGCAGACCUGAAGCAGCUGUUCCCCUGUGAGCUGGUGAUGGGGAUGAACGGCCGUCUGUGGGUGAAGUCCAGCAGCAUCCAGCAGACACUCGUCAUCUCCAACCUGCUGCAGAGCUGCGACACCAUGACGGCCCAGCAGAGACGGGAGCUGUUCAGGAGGGUGGCCCAGGGGGCGCUGUAGACCACCUGAACCAGCAGAGAGGGGGGCACUCUGUAGACCACAUGAGACCAGCUUCUUUGCUAUAACGUGGAUUUUUUCUUAUAAGUCUUCCACCCCUGUGAUUUGCUUUAAGAUGAACAUCCUUGUGAUGAUAUGAGAACAUCAGGAUGUUAGAAGUUUUCUGAUUUUAAAGGAUGAAUUACAGUAAAGUGUAUUUUGUGAACUAAUGUCCAUAGAAAUGAGGAUUAUUAUAAAGAACGGUUGUGACAUUGUUUCCUACAUUUUGUGGAGCACUUUCCUUCGGUACAAGAUGAAGUGAAAAAAUCUUUACUAUAUACAUAUAUAUAAUGAUUAUACUAUAUACAGUCAAUGACAUUUCACUUAAAUGUUUCUAUUUUCCUGCUUUUGAUUAUGCUGUUGAUAAUUAG